AUGCCUACCUACCUUGUCACCGCUAAGAAAGACGCCUCGCCCGAGCAGGUCGCAGCUACCAAGCAACAUGCCAAAGACCAAGGUGGUGAAAUCCUGCAUGAAUACAGCCUGAUCAAGGGUUUCUCUGUUUCCUUCCCAGAGGACGCCGUUACUACUCUCGAGUCCCACGAGCACGUCGACCACGUCGAGCUUGACAAGGAGGCCGAGAUUCAGGUUUAA